AUGGAACAGCUACUGGGCCUCGAAUUACCUUCCAAACGGGUGACAGACUAUUUCCUCAACACCUAUCUCGAUGCUGUACAUUGGUUUAUGAUGCUUUUUCAUGAGCCAACGUUCCGGUCCUCCUAUGAGAGGCUGAUGGCAUCGAGGAGAUUCCCGCGCACGAGGUCGAACCAGGUAAUCUUCAUCCUUCUGGUACUGUCCAUGGGCGCACAUUAUGCUUCGGACGACGAUGUGCGACAAAAGUUUCCUACUUUCCAGCUGGACACCUUCCGAAAGCUCUCCCUCAAAAAGGUCGAGGACAGCAUGCACUCCGUGUAUGAUGCGGCAGAACUCGAAUCUGUCCAAGUGUGUGUCCUUCUCGCGUCAUACUAUGUCUACUACGGUCGCCCCAAUCUUGCAUUCGUUGUUCUCGGUGCCGGACUCAGGUGUGCCCAACUCAUGUUGCUGCACAGAGAGUCAACCUGGCGAGGUUUGUCGGAAAUUGCGAAAGAGGAGCGCAGACGGACCUUUUGGGCUCUUUUUAUUUUCGAUCGAUUUGCAGCUACAAUAUAUGGACGACCCUGUGGCAUCCCGAUUGGUGAAGUUGAUAUCAAGAUCCCAGAGAAUAUCGGCGACACCACUAUUCAGCAUCCAACGUUUCGCUCAACUGCGACCAUGCCAGAUGGAACCGUGGAACCAGUCACCACAUUUUCCUACUUGAAGUACAAGAUCAAGUUGUACCAGAUCUCUUCGCCUAUCAUUGGUGACUUGUAUUUUCAUCGAAGUUCUAGUGUGUCGGAGUUGGCGCUCAAGGUCUAUCGAAUUGACAAAGAGCUGUCCAACUUCUUCGCUUCUCUGCCGCCAGAGCUGAAGUUGGAAGAUCUGUGUCGAAACACCGCCGAACCCAUGACAGCUAAUAGCAGACCUUUUAUACUACAAGCACUGGCGCUUCAGAUUGCCUAUGACAAUGUGCAGAUCCUUCUACACCGCCCGUUACUGUCUCAAGAUCUGCGAAGUUUCAAGCCAGACGCACCAACUUCCGGGUCCCAAAGUUCGAGGUACUCUUCCGGCCAGAUCGAUUUUGCCAACGACGCCAAAUUGUCGCAUCGGCAUGUCCAUGAAAUCUUGCUUGCCAGCAGAGAUAAUUGUUGGGAAUCUGCAAUCAGGUCUUCAAAGCUCGGCCAGUAUCGUCAAUGCUUGAUCUCGGCUCGGGACAGUCACGCCGCGGCAUUUCUCGGUAUCAAUCUGUUCACGGCUGGCAUGGUCCUGUGCGUCGUGGCUCUCUCACGGCCGCUAUCCUCGGAGGCGCAAAUGGCUAAACAGGCCGUUGCUCGGAUCAUGUCCCUCUCGCGGUUCUUAUCAGGCAGAGCCCUCCUCUCCGCGCAAACAUCAAAGAUCCUAAAGGAUCUUAUUCGACUGAUCGGGGAGAGAGAGAUCAAGGCGAUGCUUUCGGAAUCAGACACAUCUCAAAGCAUGGCAACCUUAUCAGGAAUAAGACCUAGAGAGACAGCAGACUCCUCUAACGCAACACCUGGGCCUGCCUUCGGGGAUCCGGAAUACGCUGAAGAAGCCGCUGUGAACCCAACCACGACACAGAUGAAUGAUGAACCGGUUCCCUUUACGAUUGAUCAAGUUGAAGCUUCCAUGAACGAUUUUGACUUUUCUGGCUUCGAGAAUGUAGAUUUCAACAAUGGUUUACUGAUCAUGCAGCAAGUGCAAGCGAUGUUCCCGGAAGUAUCGGCGCUUGAUCCAGAGAGAUCAAAUGAUGACGGAACAAACCAGAACGCGGCCCAAUACGGCGCUGACAAUUCUUAUAUCAACCAAACUGGGGGAAGCGACAUGGGUCUCUUGGGCUCUGACCUGAGCGUGAUGAACACUGUUGGGCAGACCUGGCUUUGGGACUCUGUCACAUGGUGA